AUGGAGACACCUGGUAAAUACUUGAGUCAGCGUGCGCCCGGGCGCGAGCAUCUCCCGUUGUAUCCAAAAGGGUUCAUCGCCAUUCGCAUCGUUCAGCUCGUUCUUGCUGUUGUCGUGCUGGGAUUGACUGCUUAUGGUGUAUCUCAGCUUGCCUUCGAUGGAGAUAUUUUAUCACUAUUCUCUGCUCUUGCUACAUUGAUCACCUGCAUUUACAUCAUAGUUGCCGAGUUUGGUGCCCCAGCUCUCUACAACUACUGGGCCGUUCUGUCUCUGGAUAUCUUUCUAGUCGUCUUUUGGCUCAUCUCAUUCGCACUACUAGCCGCAGAAAUCGCUCCAUACGCCUCGGGCUACUGCACCUAUUAUUACUGCUACAGUCUGUCAAGCGCUGAGAAGACAUAUUUCGCAAUCCUCGCCGCUGCAGCGGGUUUGGGUGGUGCGGAAUUCCUGGCUUUCUUGGUCUCUCUCGUUAUCCACAGUGUCAUGCUUCACCGACACCGAAACGCUGGCCUACAUUGCAACCCAAUCACUUCGACAUCUCAACCUAACCCAGCAGUCGCUUCCGCCAAGGUCCCAGCCAGUGCAGAGAAGCCCGUUGAGUACUCUCAAGGGCAACCCUACCCUUUGCAGAACCUGCCUGCACAAGGUUACACACAACAAAGUAAUACAGUCCAGAAUCAAUCGCAGGCAUACCCGCAACAACCCUACGCUUCGUCACAACAGCAAUAUUACCCGCACCAAGUUCCACAGCAAACACCUAGUCCAUUAUCUGCUCAGGUGACCGGAGGUGCGGUGCAACAGUCAGGUGUCGAGAACACCCGAAAGGAUGCAGAGUCAACGUACGGCCACGGAGCGCCAGAGAAUACCCAAGGUCCCUACGAGACAUCUGGUCAGCCUGUCCAGAGACCAGCGCAGUAAAGGUGCUGUUGAAUUCGCGCCCAUGGUUCAUGGGCACUUUUAAGUUGAAGCAUAGUUAUUCCAUUGAUGCUAGAUCAUUAUUUGUGCAGUUUGAGGGACAUAAUCUCGAUACAGAGCAAUUUUGUAAGCGAGAGCGAAUUUCACGUCACCUCGGUAGUCCCUUCGAGUGAAAUGUUACGGUAUGAGAUUUGCUUCGAAAUUUUAAUCUAAGCAAUGCCAUCCUUUGUGGAUAUCGACCAUGUCAUAGUUAACCACUUAAUGUCGCUCCUGCGCCGUGAAGGCGGCGAGAGUCA